AGCGAAGCUGCUGUCCGUCUCGUUGCUGGUUUAUCUGGAGAAAGAAGAAGAAGCAGCGUUCUGUGGGACUAAACGGGAGUUUAGACUGCGGCCUGUGAGCGGAUUCAGUGGAUGGUUACGGAAACAACUCCGAUUAACUCGGGACUCAGAUCUAAAUGUGAAGCUGGCGCGUGUGAAUCCAGAGUAAACGGUGAUGCCACAUCAGUGAUGGAUCCCAUGGCCGAGAGCACGUCCGCGACGGGUCAGGAUGAGUUUGACCGCAACGCGCCGCGGAUCUGCGGAGUGUGUGGAGACAAGGCCACCGGAUUCCACUUCAACGCCAUGACCUGCGAGGGCUGCAAGGGCUUCUUCAGGCGCAGCAUGAAGCGUAAGGCGAGCUUCACCUGCCCGUUCAAUGGGAACUGCACCAUCACCAAAGACAACCGGCGUCACUGCCAGGCCUGCCGUCUGAAGCGCUGCGUCGACAUCGGCAUGAUGAAGGAAUUCAUUCUGACAGAUGAGGAGGUGCAGAGGAAGAAGGAGCUGAUCCUGAAACGGAAGGAGGAGGAGGCGGCGCGGGAGGCGCGAAAACCUCGUCUGAGCGAGGAGCAGAUGCAGAUCAUCAACACGCUGGUGGAGGCGCAUCACAAGACCUACGACGACUCCUACUCCGAUUUCGCUCGAUUCAGGCCUCCGGUCCGUGAGGGUCCAGUCACCCGCAGCGCAAGUCGAGCCGCGUCUCUUCACUCGCUGUCCGAUGCCUCGUCAGAUUCAUUCAACCAUUCACCAGGUAACAAACACACACUCACACACUUUUACUAAACUUAUCUAAAUGGA